CCUAUCUUUGUUCAAGAGCAGUAGGUUUGGUUGCUGAUCUUAAGAAGAUGCUUCUGUGGCUGUUCCUGGCGUUGUCCAGCCCAUCUUCUUCUACGGAUCCAGAGACUGACUCAUCUGUGGAAAUUUGCAAUGUUUGCUCUUGUGUGUCGGUGGAGAAUGUACUUUAUGUCAACUGUGAAAAGGUUGCCGUCUACAGACCAAACCAGCUGAAACCACCUUGGUCUAAUUUUUAUCACCUCAAUUUUCAGAACAACCUCCUCAUAAUUCUGUAUCCAAAUACGUUCCUUAACUUUACUCAUGCGGUGUCCCUGCAGCUGGGUAACAAUAAAUUACAGAACAUUGAGGGAGGAGCUUUCUUGGGUCUCAGUGCAUUAAAACAGUUGCACUUGAACAACAAUGAAUUAAAGAUCCUCCGUGCUGACACUUUCCUUGGCAUUGAGAACUUGGAGUAUCUCCAAGCUGACUACAAUUUAAUCAAAUAUAUCGAACGGGGAGCCUUCAAUAAGCUUCACAAGCUGAAAGUUCUCAUCCUUAAUGACAAUCUGAUUUCCUUCCUUCCUGACAAUAUUUUCCGUUUUGCUUCUCUGACCCACCUGGAUAUACGUGGGAAUAGAAUACAGAAGCUGCCCUACAUCGGUGUCCUGGAGCACAUUGGCCGCAUCGUCGAACUGCAGCUGGAAGACAACCCAUGGAAUUGCACUUGUGAUCUGUUGCCCUUGAAGGCAUGGCUGGAGAACAUGCCCUAUAACAUCUACAUCGGAGAAGCCAUCUGUGAGACUCCCAGUGAUUUGUACGGGAGGCUCUUGAAAGAAACCAACAAGCAAGAGCUAUGCUCCAUGGGGACAGGGAGUGAUUUUGACGUGCGCAUUCUGCCCCCGUCCCAACUGGAACCUGGCUACAGCACACCCAAUGGCCACACAACGCAAACGUCAAUGCACAGGUUGGUCACGAAGCCCCCCAAAACGACAAAUCCUUCCAAGAUCUCGGGAAUAGUCGCAGGCAAAUCACUCUCAAACCGCAAUCUCAGUCAGAUCACAUCUUUUCAGACAAGAGUGCCACCUCUGACCCCCUGCCCGCACCCUUGUGUUUGCAAAACACAUCCUUCAGAUUUGGGAUUAAGUGUCAAUUGCCAAGAACGAAAUAUCCAGUCAUUGGCUGAAUUGGUCCCUAAGCCACUGAAUGCCAAGAAACUCCAUGUGAAUGGCAAUUAUAUUAAGGACGUGGACACUUCUGACUUUGCCGAGUUUGAAGGGCUGGAUUUACUACACCUAGGCAGCAAUCGGAUAGUGGCAAUCAAAGGGGAGGUUUUCCGCAACCUUACAAAUUUACGGAGAUUGUACCUAAAUGGCAAUCAGAUUGAGCGCCUGAGUCCUGAAAUAUUUGCCGGUCUCCACAACCUCCAGUACCUGUAUUUGGAAUACAAUGUCAUCCGAGAAAUUUUAGCGGGCACUUUUGACCUGAUGCCCAACUUGCAGCUGCUGUACUUGAACAAUAAUUUACUCCGCAGUUUGCCAGCCUACAUUUUCGCCGGGGCGCCACUAGCCCGGCUGAACUUGAGAAACAAUCAUUUCAUGUACCUGCCUGUAAGCGGCGUGCUUGACCAUCUGAAAUCCCUGACGCAAAUUGAUUUGGAAGGGAACCCGUGGGACUGCACAUGUGACUUGGUAGCGUUGAAACUGUGGCUGGAAAAGCUCAGCGAAGGCAUCGUCGUGAAGGAAUUAAAAUGCGAGACGCCCGUGCAGUUUGCGAGCAUUGAACUGAAGAGUCUCAAAAAUGAGAUCCUCUGCCCUAAACUACUAAAGUCUGCUUUUUUCACAAGCCCUGCACCUGCAGUUACAUUUACCACACCAUUGGGGCCCAUUCGGAGUCCUCCUGGUGGUCCAGUUCCAUUGUCAAUCCUUAUCCUGAGCAUCUUGGUGGUGCUCAUUUUAACUGUCUUCGUAGCUUUCUGCCUUCUUGUCUUCGUUCUCCGUCGCAACAAGAAACCAUCCGUGAAGCACGAAGGGCUUGGGAAUCCAGAAUGCAGUUCCAUGCAGCUGCAGCUACGGAAGCAUGAUCACAUGUCGAAUAAGAAGGACACCCUCGGGGCAGAGGCCUUCAUCCCUCAAUCCAUCGAGCACAUGAGCAAAGGCCAUUCAUGCGGUUUAAAGGAAACGGAAACAGGGUUCUCAUUUGUCGAGCCGCCUGGGCAGAAAGUCAUCCUGCGAAAUAACAGUGACAAGGAUAAAGAUUUAUUGCACCUGGAUACCAGGAAAAGACUUAGCACAAUUGACGAACUGGAUGAGUUAUUCCCAGGACGGGAUUCUAAUGUAUUUAUUCAGAAUUUUCUCGAAAGUAAAAAGGAAUACAACAGUAUAGGGGUCAGUGGCUUUGAAAUACGGUAUCCAGAGAAACAGCAAGACAGAAAAAACAAGAAAUCAUUAAUAGGGGGUAAUCAUAGUAAGAUAAUAGUAGAGCAAAGAAAGGGUGAAUAUUUUGAACUGAAAGCUAAACUUCAGGGCUCACCAGACUACUUACAAGUCCUUGAAGAACAAACAGCUUUGAAUAAAAUCUAGGUCAUGCAAUCUUAUUUCCUACAGAGGACAUAUAUUUAAUGAUGCAAGUGCCUUUUGUUGACUUUUAAUUUCCAAAUAUGAUAUUCUACUGGUAGGCAUAGAGGCAGGUGACCCAAGGGUGUGUGAUAAAACUCUAGCUCCAAAUAGAUUUUAUUUCAUGCAACUCUUGCCCUGUGGAAUCCUGUAGGGAAUACUGCAAAACUCUAUUGCCAAAGUGUUGCUUUAUACACAUAUUACACUGAAUUUAACCUCAAGAGGCAUAUAUGUUUUGUACCCUAAUUGCAAAACUUUCAUCUCCUUGUGAUUUGUUAAAGCAAAUACACAAGAAAAAA